AUGGGAGAUGCACCUGUGGCAGACAAGAGAUACGAGUUUCUUGAAGAGUAUAUUUUGAAAACUCUGAAGUUAAAAGCAGAUCGGUGGCAGAAAUGCGUCACAACUGAUGAGUAUAAACAAAUCAUUCAGGAUUUUUUUGACCGGCCAGAUCAAGCUAUGCUUGUUGUGUCCCUAAACGCAGCCGGGCAAUUACUUCCUUCAUCAGAGUUUCCAGCAAGCUCUAAAAACAAAGCCGUUUACUUCGUGAAACGCGGCAAAGAUGUGCUCAGUCCAGACUCUAUUAAAAGUAAUUUAUUGUAUGGAGAUUUGUCAUACUCCCCCCUGGACCAGUUUUCGGCACUCGUUGAAGAGGUUGUGGUCCCAGUCCUGUCCAAUAACAGUAACCACUGUGAAUGGCCAAAUGUUGUGUCACAAGACAUAAAGCAACAUGUCCGCGCUCUGAAGACCAAUGUGUUUGUGGUGACUGGACAAGUCCGAGGCAAGACUCUUCUUCCUCUACCUGCAGGAUCAGAGAGAGUGGAGCAGGCGGCCCUAGAAAGGGACAAGAGUGGCGAUCUAGUGGACAAAAGCAUCAUCCACUCCAUUGAGUCUGUAGUGAUUGAGUGGAGCCACCAGAUACGUGAGGUCCUAAAGAAGGAUUCAUCUGAACCACUCCUGGCAGGAAAGAACCCAACGCCUCAUGUGGAACUGCUUUUUUGGAAAAAUAGAUAUAAUGACCUAGAAUGCAUUUAUGGACAGUUGAAGUCAACAAAAGUGGCCAAAAUGGCAGAGCUCUUAGAAAGAAUGGAAAGUAGCUAUUAUCCUGCAUUUCGGAACAUGUUCCAGGACAUUCUUGCAGCACUGGAAGAAGCCAGAGAUAUCAACAUCUACCUCAAGCCCCUUCAGCGACUGUUUGAGAGUCUGGAGAGUGUGGAAUUUGGUGAAAUCAAGUGUCAGAUCAGUCCCUUAAUGCAUACAGUGUGUUUACUCUGGGCCAACUCCAAAUACUACAACACCCCUGCCAGAAUCAUUGUGUUGCUACAAGAGAUUUGCAACCUCCUCAUACAGCAGGCCCGGGGUUUUCUGAACCCAGAAGACAUCCUCAAAGGUGAGAUAGAGGAAAGCCUGGCCAAGGUGCAGGGGACCAUAGAUGUCUUACUUCACUUCAAACAGACAUUUGAUGAGAUGAAGGGCAAUCUCGGGAAGUACCAGAGGAAUGGCCAGGGGCUGAGGGCAUGGGACUUCUCUCCAGCAAUGGUGUUCACUGGAAUGGAUGGAUUCAUCGAAAGGGUGCAGAGUGUUGAGGAUCUCCUGCUUACAGCUCUGGACAUGAUGAAGCUAGAGAAGGUUGAAUUUGGAGGUAUUCGCGGAAAGAUGCUCAGCCAGCAGGUCCAGUGCAUGCAUGAGGAGUUCCUGGAGGCAUACAAAAUAUUCUCAGAGAAGUCCUAUGACUGUCUGGACACCUCCAAUGAGGAAUUCAAGGCUGAUGUUUGUGAAUUUAAGUGCAAAGUAGAAGACAUGGAUCGGCGUCUUGGUGCUGUCUUUUGCCAGGCUUUUGAUGAUGCUGCAGGUUUGGAGCAUGCUUUCAAAGUUCUAGACAUGUUUGGAAGUCUUCUUUCUCGUCCCCUACUUGCUGCUGAUGCAGAUGACAGAUACCCACUCCUGGUCAGCAUGUUUGACAGGGAACUGGACUGCUGCAAAGUACUCUAUAACAGACAUGUUCAAAGGGAGGAAGAGCUGGGUUACACCCCUGUCAAUAAGAAUAUGCCUGCUGUAGCUGGAGGACUGAGGUGGGCUCAGCAAAUGCAGGAGCGCAUUCAAAAGCCAUUUGGAAACUUCAGGCAUAUCACUCAUCCUUGCAUGGAGUCUUCUGAUGGGAAGAGAAUGAUCACGAAGUAUGAAGAAAUGAUGAACCUGCUUGAAAGCUAUACCUGUAAAUUGUAUGACAACUGGGCUGAAACAGUGGGAGAGAGAUCUCAGUACAACCUCAGUCAACACCUCAUCUCUAGAGAUCCUUCAACAAGGCUCAUCACUGUCAAUUUCAACCCCCAGUUAGUGUCGGUACUGAGAGAGGUGAAAUAUCUGGAGUCCCGACAGACUGAAACCAUACCUGACACAGCAGCGGACAUCUACUCCAGCAAAGAGUCCUUACGUCAGUAUGUGGCCAACCUAGACCUCACUGUAAGCUGGUACAACAAGGUUAUACGCAACGUGUUGGAGGUGGAGUUUCCCCUUGUAGAAGGUCAGCUGAAAGGCAUUGACACCCAGCUUAUGGAAGCUGAGGAAUCAAUCAACUGGAGGAGUAAUGGUAUCUGGGACUACAUCCAGGAAGUCCGAGAUGCAGUACAUGACCUUGAAAGCCGCCUGCAGAAGACCAAAGACAACGUUGAUGAGAUCCAAAACAUCAUGAAAAUGUGGGUGUCACCCAUCUUUGAGAGGAAGGAGGGGAAAAAGGACACUCUCCUUAACCUGGAGGAUAGGUCGGAGCGACUGGAGAGACGCUACAACCACAUCCGAGACUCAGGGGACAGGAUUCAUUCCUUGCUAAAGGAAAACUUAGCUCUUUUUAAAGCUGACCCCACCUCUGAGGUGUGGAGGGCUUAUGUGGAUUAUAUAGAUGAGAUGGUUAUUGAUGGGUUCUUCAACACCAUUGAAUGCUCCCUGAAAUUCCUUCUAGAUAACACAGACCCCAAGGCUGGUUUGGCUCCUCUGUUUGAAGUCCAGUUAGAGCUACGUGUCCCAGAUAUGGUUUUCAUUCCAUCACUGGAGUUUGGGGCCAGCGAUGGUUUUUACGACUUGGUGGAAGGCAUCAUCAAUGACAUUUACAGAAUUUCCUCCCUGAUGCCUCGUUUAGCUGAGCACAGCAACUUUCCCCACUACCAGGCUGAUAUGGAAGACAUGGCAGACCUUGCAGAUAUGCGGCAACUCCUGAUGGACUGUGUUCAGCAAGUGAUGUCCAAGUGCUGCGACUACCGCAAUACUUUGGACCACUAUGCUUACCUGUACGUGGAUGACAGGAAGGAGUUCAUGCGGCAGUUUUUGCUGUACGGCCAUGUCCUCACCAGCGAGGAGAUCCAGGCCCAUGCGGAUGAAGGCGUCCCGGAGACCCCCCCCACACUGGAGCAGUUCAAAGAGUCGGUGGAUUCUUAUGAGAAGAUCUACGAUGAGGUCCACUGCCUACAGCCAAUCAAUGUGUUCGAUGGCUGGAUGAGGGUGGAUGCUCGCCCCUUUAAGAGCGCCCUCCUUAACAUCAUAAAGAAGUGGAGCCUUAUGUUUAAGCAGCACCUCAUCGACCAUGUCACACACAGCUUGUCUGACCUGGAUGACUUCAUUAAAGUGGCCGAGAGGGAGCUUGGCACUAAGGUGGAGGAGGGUGACUACAAUGGCCUGGUCACGAUUAUGGGACACCUUAUGGCUGUGAAGGAGAGGCAGGUCAACACGGACAUAAUGUUUGAGCCUCUGAAGCGUAGCAUAGAGCUACUGAAGACAUAUGAGCAGGAACUACCAGAGGAGGUGUACAAACAGUUAGAGGAACUCCCGGAGAAGUGGAAUAAUGUGAAGAAGCAGGCCGUCACAGUGAAGCAGCAGGUUGCCCCUCUGCAGGCCAACGAAGUGGCCUCUCUGCGCAGGAAGUGUGCCUCGUUUGAUGUGGAGCAGCACAACUUCAGGGAGCGCUUCCGCAAGGAAGGGCCUUUCAGGUUUGACAGUGAAAACCCAUACCACAUGCUAGACGUGGCCCACAGGCAGAUUCUGGAAAAGGAAUCUACCAUGGCAGCAAUCAUAGAAUCUGCAGGCCUGUUUGAGGUGAACAUUCCUGACUACAAGCAGAUGAAACAGUGCCGCAAAGAAGUGUUCCUACUGAAGGAGCUGUGGGACCUGAUCACGGUGGUGGACUCCAGCAUGAAUGACUGGAAGACCACAAGAUGGCGGGAGAUCAAUGUGGAGAACAUGGAGCUGGAAUGCAAGCGCUUCUCCAAGGACAUCCGGGCGUUGGACAAGGAGACCCGGGCUUGGGACGCCUUUGCGGGCAUGGACAGCAUGGUGAAGAACAUUCUUACAUCCCUGCGGGCGGUGGCAGAGCUUCAAAACUCCGCCAUCCGGGAGAGACACUGGCAUCAGCUGAUGCAGGCCACUGGGGUGCGCUUCACCAUGGACCAGGACACAACCCUGGCAGACCUGCUGCAGCUCAACCUGCACAACUUUGAAGAUGAAGUACGGGGCAUUGUGGACAAAGCUGUAAAGGAGAUGGGCAUGGAGAAGGUCCUGACGGAGCUCAACACCACCUGGACUUGCAUGGAGUUCCAGUACGAACCGCACCACCGCACCCAGGUUCCCCUGCUUAAAUCAGACGAAGAGCUGAUUGAAACCCUUGAGGACAACCAAGUGCAAUUACAGAACCUCAUGUCCUCCAAGUACAUUGCCUUCUUUCUUGAGGAAGUCUCAGCCUGGCAGAAGAAGCUGUCCACUGCAGACUCGGUCAUCUCCAUCUGGUUUGAAGUGCAGAGAACCUGGUCCCAUCUGGAGAGCAUUUUUAUUGGUUCAGAGGAUAUCCGCUCUCAGCUUCCAGAGGAUUCCAAGCGCUUUGAAGGUAUUGAUACAGAUUUUAAAGAACUGGCUAACGAUGCUAAGAAAACACCUAAUGUUGUGGAAGCUACCAACAAACCUGGCCUUUACAAUAAACUAGAAGAUAUUCAAAGCAGAUUGUCCCUGUGUGAGAAGGCCCUGGCAGAGUACUUAGACACAAAGCGACUGGCCUUCCCCAGGUUCUACUUCAUCUCUUCUGCUGAUCUGUUGGACAUCCUUUCCAAUGGCACAGACCCGCACCAGGUUCAGCACCACCUUUCCAAGCUUUUUGACAACACAGCCAAGGUGAAGUUUCAGGCAGACUCGGAUGGUAACCCAACCAAAACUGGCCUGGGAAUGUUCAGUAAAGAGGAGGAGUAUGUCAGCUUCAAUGAACCAUGUGACUGCUCUGGCCAGGUUGAGGUUUGGCUGAAUCGAGUGCUGGACACUAUGAGGUCCACAGUGCGCCAUGAAAUGACGGAGGCAGUGACAGCCUACGAGGAGAAACCCAGGGAACAGUGGCUCUUUGACUAUCCAGCACAGGUUGCUCUAACGUGCACCCAAAUCUGGUGGACCACAGAGGUUGGAAUCGCAUUCUCUCGCCUAGAAGAGGGUUAUGAAAAUGCCAUCAAGGAGUACUACAAAAAGCAAGUCAGCCAGCUAAAUACCCUCAUCACCAUGCUGAUUGGCCAGCUGUCUCCAGGAGACCGACAGAAGGUCAUGACCAUCUGUACCAUAGAUGUGCACGCUAGGGACGUGGUUGCCAAAAUCAUCUCUCAGAAGGUGGAGAAUUCACAGGCGUUUGUGUGGCUGUCACAACUGCGCCAUCGGUGGGACGAGGACAAGAAGCAUUGCUUUGCCAAUAUCUGUGAUGCCCAGUUCCUGUAUUCAUAUGAGUACCUGGGCAAUACACCACGCCUGGUCAUCACUCCAUUGACAGACAGAUGCUACAUCACUCUGACCCAGUCCCUGCAUCUUACCAUGAGUGGAGCCCCAGCUGGUCCGGCAGGCACAGGGAAGACAGAAACCACCAAGGACCUGGGCAGAGCACUGGGGAUCAUGGUCUACGUCUUCAAUUGCUCUGAGCAGAUGGACUACAAGUCCUGUGGGAACAUCUACAAAGGCCUGGCACAAACAGGAGCCUGGGGGUGCUUUGAUGAGUUCAACAGAAUCUCAGUGGAAGUGCUGUCGGUGGUUGCUGUACAGGUCAAAAGCAUUCAGGAUGCCAUAAGAGACAAGAAGAAGAGGUUUAACUUCAUGGGAGAGGAGGUUAACCUUUUCCCGUCUGUGGGGAUCUUCAUCACUAUGAACCCUGGGUAUGCUGGAAGGACAGAGCUGCCAGAAAAUCUGAAGGCACUCUUCCGGCCCUGUGCAAUGGUGGUGCCAGACUUUGAGCUAAUCUGUGAGAUCAUGCUUGUUGCCGAAGGCUUCAUUGAAGCCAGACUUUUGGCCAGGAAGUUCAUCACCCUGUACCAGCUCUGCAAAGAGCUUCUGUCUAAACAGGACCACUAUGACUGGGGUUUGCGUGCCAUCAAGUCAGUGCUGGUGGUAGCGGGGUCUCUGAAGAGAGGUGACCCAGAGCGACCCGAGGACCAGGUGCUGAUGAGAGCUCUGCGAGACUUCAACAUCCCCAAGAUCGUGACAGACGACAUGCCUGUAUUCAUGGGUCUCAUUGGAGACCUGUUCCCUGCACUGGAUGUCCCACGUAAGAGAAACUUGGAUUUCGAGAAGUUUGUCAAGCAGUCUGUGCUGGACCUCAAGCUUCAGGCUGAAGACAACUUUGUGCUGAAGGUGGUCCAGCUGGAGGAGCUCCUAGCAGUGCGUCACUCAGUGUUUGUGGUGGGAAAUGCGGGCACAGGAAAGUCCCAAGUGAUGAAGUCCCUUAACAAGACGUACCAGAACAUGAAGCGCAGGGCUGUGUGGACUGACCUCAAUCCCAAAGCAGUGACCAAUGAUGAGCUGUUUGGCAUCAUCAAUCCCGCCACACGCGAGUGGAAAGACGGGCUGUUUUCCAAUAUCAUGCGUGAGCUGGCCAACAUCAGUCACGAUGGACCAAAGUGGAUUGUACUGGAUGGAGAUAUUGACCCAAUGUGGAUUGAGUCUCUGAACACUGUUAUGGAUGACAAUAAGGUGUUGACCCUGGCUAGUAAUGAGAGGAUUCCUCUGAACCCGACUAUGAGGCUGGUGUUUGAAAUCAGCCACUUGCGCACCGCUACACCUGCCACUGUCUCCCGUGCUGGCAUCCUGUACAUAAACCCAGCUGAUCUGGGCUGGAACCCCCCUGUGACCAGCUGGAUUGACAAAAGAGAGGUCCAGUCAGAGAAAGCCAACCUGACUAUUCUGUUUGACAAGUACCUACCUGUUUGCCUUGACACCCUCAGAUCAAGGUUUAAAAAGAUCAUCCCAAUUCCAGAGCAGAGCAUGGUCCAAAUGCUGUGUCAUCUUCUGGAGUGUCUAUUGACACCAGAGCACACUCCCCCAGAUUGUCCCAAGGAACUGUAUGAGCUCUAUUUUGUCUUUGCUGCAAUCUGGGCCUUUGGAGGGGCCAUGUUUCAGGACCAGCUGGUCGAUUACAGAGUUGAAUUCAGCAAAUGGUGGGUGACAGAAUUCAAAACUAUCAAGUUCCCUUCUCAAGGCACUGUGUUUGACUAUUACAUCGACCCUGAGACAAAGAAAUUUGAACCAUGGUCAAAAAUGAUUCCCAAGUUUGAAUUUGAUCCAGAAAUUCCUCUACAGGCCUGCCUGGUGCACACUACUGAGACGAUCCGUGUGCGCUACUUCAUGGACCGGCUGCUGGAGAGGAAGCGGCCAGUCAUGCUCGUGGGGAAUGCAGGCACUGGGAAAUCGGUCCUAGUCGGUGAAAAACUGGGUUCCCUUGACCCAGAGAAAUACAUGAUCAAGAACGUUCCCUUUAACUAUUACACAACAUCUGCAAUGCUACAAGCCAUUUUAGAAAAGCCUCUGGAGAAGAAAGCAGGGAGGAACUAUGGCCCCCCUGGCAGUAAGAAGCUGAUCUAUUUCAUAGAUGAUAUGAACAUGCCAGAGGUGGAUGCGUAUGGGACAGUGCAGCCACACACACUUAUCCGACAGCACAUGGACUAUAACCACUGGUACGACAGGAACAAGCUGUUGUUGAAGGAGAUCCACAGCGUGCAGUAUGUGUCCUGCAUGAAUCCCACAGCAGGCAGCUUUACCAUCAACCCACGGCUGCAGCGGCACUUCUGCGUGUUUGCCCUCUCUUUCCCCGGCGCGGAUGCCCUGAGUACCAUUUACAGCAGCAUCCUGAGCCAGCACUUGAGAGGCGAUGGCUUCGGGACAGCACUUCAGAAGAGCUGUCCCCAGCUCAUCCAGUUGGCUCUGGCUCUGCACCAGAGGGUGACUGCCAGCUUCCUGCCUACUGCCAUCAAGUUCCACUACAUCUUCAACCUCCGGGACCUCUCCAACAUAUUCCAGGGUGUCCUCUUUUCUACAAGUGACUGUUUGAAGACUCCUCAUGAUCUGGUGAAAAUCUACCUGCAUGAGUCUAACAGGGUGUACAGAGACAAGAUGGUGGAAGAAAAGGAUUUUGGGGCCUUUGAUAAGAUGCAGUCUGAUACAGUGAAAAAGUUUUACGAGGAUGUAGAAGAGACCCUUGAGGAGACUAAGGUCAUGAAUAUGUACUGUCACUUUGCCUCUGGCAUUGGAGAGCCUAAGUACAUGCCAGUACAGUCAUGGGAGACCCUUAACAAGACACUUCUGGAGGCCCUUGACAACUACAAUGAAGUCAAUGCUGCUAUGAACCUUGUACUCUUUGAGGAUGCCAUGUCUCAUAUCUGUCGCAUAAACCGCAUUCUGGAGUCCCCCAGAGGGAAUGCACUCCUAGUGGGAGUGGGUGGCAGUGGUAAACAGAGCCUGACAAGGCUUGCGGCCUUCAUAAGCUCCUUGGAGGUGUUUCAGAUUACUCUGAAGAAAGGCUACGGCAUCCCUGAUCUAAAGAGUGAUUUGGCAGCACUGUACAUCAAAGCUGGGGUGAAGAAUAUUGGCACUGUUUUCCUGAUGACUGAUGCCCAGGUGGCAGAUGAAAAAUUCCUUGUUUUGGUCAAUGACCUCCUGGCAUCAGGUGAGAUCCCGGAUUUGUUUCCUGAUGAUGAAGUGGAAAAUAUCAUAGGAAGUGUGAGGAACGAGGUGAAAGGCCUUGGGCUGAUGGACAGCAGGGAGAACUGCUGGAAGUUCUUCAUUGAUCGCGUGCGCAGGCAGCUCAAGGUUGCCCUGUGUUUCUCCCCUGUGGGCAGCAAACUGAGGGUUCGUAGCAGGAAAUUCCCAGCAGUGGUCAACUGCACAGCCAUCGACUGGUUCCACGAGUGGCCUCAGGAAGCCCUUGAAUCGGUCAGCUUACGCUUCCUCCAGGAGGUGGAGAACAUUGAGCCAGAGGUGAAGGACUCGGUCAGUAAGUUCAUGGCUUAUGUUCAUACCACUGUGAACAAGAGCUCUAAAAGCUACCUGGCCAAUGAGCGUCGCUUCAACUACACAACGCCCAAGUCCUUCCUAGAGCAAAUUAAACUCUACCAAAACCUGCUCGCUCUGAAGAGGAAGGAUCUGACCACCAAGAUGGAACGCCUGGAAAAUGGCCUACAGAAACUUAACAGCACUUCUGCUCAGGUGGAUGACCUGAAAGCCAAGCUGGCUGCCCAGGAAGUGGAACUGAAGCAGAAGAAUGAGGAUGCUGACAAGCUCAUCCAGGUGGUGGGAGUCGAGACAGAGAAGGUGAGCAAGGAGAAGGCAGUGGCUGAUGAAGAGGAGCAGAAGGUGGCGCAGAUUGCCGUGGUGGUGAGCGGGAAGCAGAGGGACUGCGAGGAGGACCUGGCCAAAGCUGAGCCUGCACUGGUCGCUGCACAGGAGGCCCUCAACACUCUCAACAAGAACAACUUGACAGAGUUGAAGUCCUUUGGUUCCCCUGUGACUGCGGUCACCAAUGUGACAGCUGCCGUCAUGGUACUGAUGGCCCCUGGGGGCCGCGUCCCUAAGGACCGUAGCUGGAAGGCAGCCAAGGUGAUGAUGGCCAAGGUUGACAGCUUCCUGGACUCCUUAGUCAACUUUAAAAAAGAAAACAUCCAUGAAAACUGCUUGAAGGCCAUCCAGCCAUACCUGCAAGAUCCUGAGUUCCGCCCUGAGCUUGUAGCUGCCAAGUCCUAUGCGGCUGCAGGUCUCUGCUCCUGGGUUAUCAACAUUGUCAAAUUCUAUGAGGUAUACUGUGAGGUUGAGCCAAAGAGACAGGCCCUUAACAAAGCCAACGCAGAACUGGCUGCUGCCCAGGACAAGCUGGCCACCAUCAAGGCCAAAAUCAAUCACCUUAAUGAGAACUUGGCGAAGCUGACAGCAAAGUUUGAGAAAGCCACGGCUGACAAACUGAAAUGCCAGCAGGAAGCUGAGUCUACAGCACGCACCAUUUCUCUUGCCAACCGCCUGGUGGGAGGGCUUGCAUCAGAGAACGUUCGCUGGGCUGAAGCUGUCAAUAAUUUCAAGAAUCAGGAGAGCACUCUCUGUGGAGACGUGUUACUGAUCACAGCCUUUGUGUCUUAUCUGGGUUAUUUCACCAAACGCUACCGCCUAGAGUUGAUGGACAAAACCUGGAGGCCUUAUUUAAGCCAACUCAAGGUUCCAAUCCCAGUCACUCCAGAUUUGGAUCCACUGACAAUGCUGAUGGAUGAUGCCGAUAUUGCGGCUUGGCAGAAUGAGGGGUUACCUGCGGACAGGAUGUCCACAGAGAAUGCCACCAUCCUUACCAGCUGUGAGAGGUGGCCACUAAUGGUUGAUCCCCAGCUCCAGGGAAUUAAAUGGAUAAAGAACAAGUAUGGAGAGGACCUCAGGGUCAUCAGGAUUGGUCAGAGAGGGUAUUUGGACUCCAUAGAGAGAGCCUUGUCUGCUGGGGAAGUAGUUUUGAUUGAAAAUUUGGAAGAGACUGUAGAUCCUGUUCUGGGGCCUUUGCUUGGUCGUGAGACAAUCAAAAAGGGGAGGUGCAUUAAAAUUGGAGAUAAGGAAUGUGAAUACAGCCCCAAUUUCCGUCUGAUUCUUCACACCAAACUGGCGAACCCACACUACCAGCCAGAGAUGCAGGCGCAGUGCACCUUAAUCAACUUCACAGUAACCCGAGAUGGCCUGGAGGACCAACUUCUGGCAGCGGUUGUCAGUAUGGAAAGACCAGACCUGGAGGAGCUCAAGUCCAACCUCACAAAGCAGCAAAAUGGUUUCAAGAUUACACUGAAAACAUUGGAGGAUAACCUCCUGUCCCGUCUCUCCUCCGCCUCUGGGAACUUCCUGGGAGACACAGAGCUGGUGGAGAACCUUGAGACAACCAAACGAACAGCAGCGGAAAUUGAGGAGAAGGUGAAGGAGGCCAAGGUGACAGAAGCCAAAAUCAAUGAGGCAAGAGAGCACUACCGGCCUGCUGCAGCCAGGGCUUCUUUACUGUACUUCAUAAUGAACGACCUCAAUAAAAUCCACCCCAUGUACCAGUUCUCAUUGAAGGCCUUCAGUGUGGUCUUCCAGAAUGCUGUGCUAAAGGCGCUACCAGAUGAAACACUGAAGCAGAGGGUCUGCAAUCUCAUUGACAACAUUACCUCUUCCGUCUUUCAGUACACCACACGUGGGCUCUUUGAGUGUGAUAAACUCACCUAUAUUGCCCAGCUGGCAUUCCAGAUUUUGCUGAUGAAUAAGGAGAUCAACCCAACAGAACUUGAUUUCCUUUUGAGGUACCCUGCUCAACCGGGGGUGUCCUCUCCUGUUGACUUCCUCUCUAGUCAUUCCUGGGGCGGUAUUAAGGCUCUGUGUGCCAUGGAUGAGUUCAGGAACCUGGAUCGAGACAUAGAGGGGUCUGCCAAGCGCUGGAAAAAGUUUGUGGAGUCCGAGUGUCCGGAGAAGGAGAAGUUCCCUCAGGAAUGGAAGAAUAAGACAGCUCUUCAGAGGCUGUGCAUGAUGAGGGCCAUGAGGCCUGACCGAAUGACCUAUGCUGUGAGGGAUUUUGUGGAGGAGAAGCUGGGGAGCAAGUAUGUCGCAGGCAGAUCUCUGGACUUCGCUAUUUCCUUUGAAGAAUCUGGGGCAGCGACUCCCAUGUUCUUUAUCCUGUCUCCUGGCGUUGACCCACUUAAGGAUGUUGAGAAACAUGGAAGAAAACUGGGCUAUACCUUUGACAACAGAAACUUCCACAAUGUGUCUCUGGGACAGGGACAGGAGGUGGUGGCCGAGCAAGCACUGGAGCUAGCAGCCCGAGAGGGCCAUUGGGUUAUUCUACAGAAUAUCCAUCUGGUGGCCAAGUGGCUGAGCACCCUGGAGAAGCAGCUGGAGCAGCUCAGUGAGGGCAGUCACCAGGACUUCCGUGUCUUUAUCAGUGCCGAGCCCUCUGCCUCCCCUGAUGGGCACAUCAUCCCUCAGGGUAUCCUAGAGAACUCCAUCAAGAUCACCAACGAGCCACCUACAGGCAUGCACGCCAACUUGCACAAGGCCCUGGACAACUUCAACCAGGAUACAUUGGAGAUGUGUGCCCGAGAGAACGAGUUCAAAAGCAUUCUUUUUGCCUUGUGCUACUUUCAUGCGGUGGUGGCAGAGAGGCGAAAAUUUGGUCCGCAGGGCUGGAAUAGAAGCUACCCUUUCAAUACAGGAGACCUCACCAUCUCAGUGAAUGUGCUGUAUAACUACCUGGAGGCCAACACCAAGGUGCCCUACGAUGACCUGCGCUACCUGUUCGGUGAAAUCAUGUACGGAGGUCACAUCACAGAUGACUGGGACCGGAGGCUGUGCAGGACAUACUUGGAAGAGUUCAUCAAGCCUGAGAUGAUGGAAGGCGAGCUCUACCUGGCCCCUGGCUUCCCCUUGCCUGGAAACAUGGACUAUAAUGGUUACCAUCAGUACAUUGAUGCUGCUCUCCCUGCUGAAUCCCCCUACCUGUAUGGGCUGCACCCCAAUGCUGAGAUUGGAUUCCUUACCCAGACCUCCGAGAAGCUUUUUCGCACAGUGCUAGAGAUGCAGCCGAGGGACAGCAGUGCGGGUGAGGGCAGUGGGACCACCAGGGAGGAGAAGGUGAAGGUGGUCAUUGACGAGAUCACAGAGAAACUGCCCGAGGAGUUUAACAUCGCAGAGCUAAUGGGCAAGGUGGAGGAACGCACGCCUUAUAUCGUGGUGGCCUUCCAAGAGUGUGAGCGCAUGAACAUCCUUACCCAGGAGAUAAAGCGCUCGCUCAAAGAGCUCAGCCUGGGCUUGAAGGGAGAGCUCACAAUGACAAGUGAAAUGGAAAACCUGCAGAACUCCAUUUUUCUUGACCAAGUGCCUGAGUCUUGGACCAAGCGGGCGUACCCAUCGAUGUUGGGGCUGGCUGCCUGGUUCAUGGACCUCCUCAACCGCAUCAAGGAACUGGAGACCUGGACAUCAGACUUCACUCUACCAUCAGCGGUGUGGCUCGCUGGCUUCUUCAACCCCCAGUCUUUCCUGACAGCUAUCAUGCAGUCUAUGGCCAGGAGGAAUGAGUGGCCGCUGGACAAGAUGUGUCUGCAGUGUGACGUAACCAAAAAAAACCGUGAGGACUUCAGCAGUCCACCACGAGAGGGCGCUUACGUGCAUGGCCUCUUCAUGGAAGGUGCUCGAUGGGACACACAGGCGGGGAUAAUUGCAGAUUCGCGGCUGAAAGAAUUAACACCAUCGGUCCCUGUAAUCUUUAUCAAAGCCAUCCCGGUUGACAAGCAGGACUCUCGCAAUGUGUACCAGUGCCCAGUGUACAAGACCAGGCAGAGAGGACCCACUUAUGUCUGGACUUUCAACCUGAAGACGAAGGAAAAUCCAUCCAAGUGGACCCUGGCUGGUGUUGCUCUCCUUCUGCAGAUCUAG